UCUCCAAGUUCGAGCAGGUGGAAUGCGGAUUGUUCAGAAACAUCCUCACCUAACAGAGGGCAAAGAGGAAAAGAAAAAUGAAGAUAAAGACAAUGAAGAAUAUGAAACCAGUCCACCACCUAAACCACCUGUGGUCAUCUCUGGUGUCAUUACUAGGGGUGAUAAGGACUUCCCUCCAGCUGCAGCACAAGUGGCACACCAGAAGCCACAUCCAGCUGUAGAGAAGCUCCCCACAGGAUAUCAUAUUAAUCAGUGCAUUCAUCAGCCUCGCAAGUAAGGGGACUGCACAAGGCAAACCAUGAAGUACCGACUACAGUGAAAAGUGUCAGAAACUCUACAAAGUAUGGCUUGUCACACACAAUCCUUUCCUGGGCCAAUAUCACUUGACUUAGUAAUCAAAAUCUCUUAGCAAAUGGUUUCUAAAGGUUUGUAUAAAAUCUACUGCAGAAGUUGAUUGAAAAUAAUUUUGUAUGGUAGUAAGUAAAACUGAAGGAGUACUUUAGUAAUGUAAUGCUGUGUAGAAACAUGAAAUAGGAAGCUUUUUAAAUGCCAAAACACUUUUUUAUGAAAAAAAGAGUUCUGCCAAAGGUGUAAAGCUGUUGUUAUUGUACAGUGGCAGUAUCUAGCCUAACAUAUCUAAUUUGUUUUUAAAUGUAAUCAGCGCAUUUGCAUUAUUUAGACUGUUAUUGUAUAAUUGGCUUACAGUUUGCAUCUGUUUUGACAAAGGUAAUAUGUGGUGAUGUAGUUGAUCUCAUGGCAAUUUAAACCUUGAACAGUGUAAAUGUGUAUUUGGGAAGCAAUAAAUAGGGAUUAUGUUUUAAAUAAAGUAUUACAGAUGUACUAAA